AUGCUUACUUCCCGUCCCGUCCCGCCCCCCCCUACCCCCUCCGUCCAUCCCAUCGCUUAUUGGGACUGCACUGCCCGACCGCAACACUCGCAACGCGAGCACAGACAUACAUCCGUGAACUCCUCCCAAUUCGUCGAAUUCACCGGCCGAGAUACUGGUGCGUGUGCGAAUGUUGGGACUAAUCAGCGUGACCGUGCGGUUGGGUUAAUUAUGCGUGGACUGUUACACACGGUGCGUUAUGAUGGCGAUGCGGAUGAUGAUGAUGAUGAUGAUGAUGAUUAUGGUGAUCCGUCGGCUAAAAAGUCAGACUAA